GAAGGGGUCUCCCUCACAUCGCUGCUGUCCUUCACGCACUUCUGGAACAGCCUUAGGGGUAGAGGUUGGGGCUCUGGGCCCCCCACUACCACCGGUCCUGCCCUGAGAGCAGAUGACACCUGGGCCCUGCCAAUUAACAAGAACUUGGUGACCAUGGUCUUGUGUAUAGCACUGGCCUUGGGUAGCCCCCUGCCCUUAGGCUGCUUCGGGUGCAGCCCCCCCCGGACCCCCUAUCUGGGUGAAGAGCAUUGUGUCAAACACAAUAAAGAAGCCCAAAGGCCUGUAGGUUGGCCCUCAGGUGUGUGCCUGCCUGUCCGUGAAUGAAUGCGCGAGCUUCUUGGGGGCCUGAAUCCUCGACUGGGAGUCCCAGUGUAGGGUGCUAUGUUUCUGUGCCUGGUAGAGGAGCUGUAGGGCACAAGUGCCCCGUGCCUCUGCCGCCAGGGGGAGCCCUUGAGAACCUGGUGGGAGCGUGCCACGUGGCUGGAGAAACGCUGGCGCAGGCGUUGUGGCGACACCUCUGAGGUGGGCUCCGACUUGGGCGUUCAUGUAGUCAGGGCCGCACACAAGCACGGCGGUGGGUGUUGCCUGGUCCUUCGCCAGACGCAGGAUGUUGCCUUGGCUUGGACCAUGGGGCACAGGCCAGGAGGAGGCGACAGAGGGGCUAGGCCUCUCCACAGGCGGUGACCACGGAGAGGCCUGGCGCUCUGGAGAGGAAACCAUGGAAGAGCAAGAAACGCCAGUGCAGGACAGGUGAGGGCUUGGUGGGGGCCGCUAGGAGGCGUAGUGGACGCUUUCCAAAACUGAAAAUCUAGGAGGUCGGGACUGGGAAAUGGGUAUAUUGUUAGUCGUGCGAUUAACUCAGGUCAGCAUUAGGAAGGGAAGUGAGUGGGGAAGCCCGUCCUUCCCUUCACACAGCUCACAGCCCCAGGCCCUCAGCCCACCUGAGCCCGGAAGAAAGCAGCUGCAGCCUUCCAGGCACCUGGCUACUGAGCCGACUGCAGAAGCCCCGGUACCACUUUCUCCCCGGGUGACCUCCCAGGUCACCCCCUCAAGGAGGACUCCGCUGCCACUUUGUGAUCCCAGCCACCAGGCUAAUGGAGGACCUCAGCCGCUGGGGGCCAGCCGUGGGCUGGGGGUAUCUUUGUCUGGCAGGACACUGUGCCAUCCUUCCUGGCCUAUGUAUGAUGACUGGGGCAGGAUCCCUACUACCUCAGGACAUCCAGAGGAAGAGCAGGUGGCGUCUAGGGAUGCAGGGCUCCCGGUGACAAGCUAUGAAGAUGUCUUUCUCUUGGACCCUCUGCUGCCGCAUGGGCAGCGUGUUCCUCUGUGCCUGCCCAAGCCCCCUCAGCAGGCAAUGGGCUCCAGGAAGCUGCUGCUCCCACCGCCUAUCAUGUCCCCAUCAGUGCAUCCCUCCUCAUCCCAGGCCAGCUCUUCCACCUGGCUCAGUGAGGCAGAGAUGAUCGCCCUUGCUGGUCUGCUGCAGAUGAGCCAGGGAGAGCAGACACCCAACCCCCUGGCAAGCUCUCUGCCUUCUUCCAGCUGCCCAGACCCUGUCUCUGUCUCAGACGACCUAGGCCCCAGUGGGGGCCAGAGCUGUUCUGGGAGCACUGACCCAUGAGCCACAUAGAACCCAAUAGCCACUGUCCACAGUGUACCCUCCCCCCCCUCACACACACGGGUGCUGUCUUCUCCCCCAAGCUGUUUUGUUGACAAAUAAAUCAGAGUUUGCAAACCAA